AUGGAUUGGCUUGCUGUGGCAUGCUGCACUCUCAUUGCUGGAUACGUGCUCUACAAGUUCCUCGCCCAGCAAACUGUGAAUCAAGGCCCGGCAGCGCUCAUCGACGCGAGAACCGACAUCGCUUCCCCCGUCAAGGUCGAGUUGGAGGAAACCCCUGCCUCUGCGCCACAGCCGACACUCGAGAUAUCGGCGGAGGAAGAGCCGGUGUUCAAAGAGGUCUCUCAGGUUCACACAAGGCUUCCGGAAACAGGAAAGAGUAUCAGCGCAGGUGUACACGCGAUGGAGGAAGAGCCUGCAAAACGGUUGGAGACGCCGCAAGCGUCGUUGAAGCCCGCGCUGCCACCACCAUCUAUCAAGCCCAGGUCUUCAAGUCCACCGCGAUUGAAGCCUGCAAGUUUCGCAGCUCCACCUCGACCUGGCAAUGGCUUCAUGCGUCCACCACCCUCCGCAGCGGCUUCACUGCGCGUACCUCCCACUAAAGUCCUCUCCAACGCAUCCAUGGCGCCAACCUCUUCUAUCAUGCCGCCGGGUAAGCAAGUCUCCCAAAAGGUCGUCCUAGAGCCGGGCCAUUCACCGCUUGAUUGGGCUGCCCUCACAUCCAACCCCAACAGUCGCCUAAGGGGCAAAGACGCUCCAGAGAACCUGAUGCGAGUGACCCCGGCACGGCUGAAGAUGCAGAAUGGGAGAAAAGGAAGAGAUGCCUGGACAGUCUAUAAUGGAAGGGUAUAUAAUAUCACACCGUACGUUCCAUUCCAUCCUGGAGGGGCAGGCGAGCUUAUGAGAGGCGCGGGCAAAGAUUCCGUCAAGCUGUUCAUGGAGGUGCAUCCAUGGGUGAACUGGGACGGCAUGCUUAGUGAAUGCUUGGUAGGGAUCUUAGUUGGCGAUGAAGAAGAAACAGAUGAUACAAGUGGUGGGCUAGACGACAUGGAUUGA